CUUUCUUAUAAAUUUGACGAACUCUCGCAUUCCCCUUACAUUCCACAAUCCUUACAACAGCUCGCCCUUCCCUUCGUCUACCAACAUCUCCCACUUCAAAUUUCUCCGUAAGGUUAGAAGCAAUCACUCAACAUGCCGCCAAAGGCCUCCAAACCUGAAGCUACCAAAUCAUCCACCUUUUCGGAGAAGGAAAUGACUAUGCUGGCAUUCUCGUGGCAAUGCUUUGACGAGAAGCCUAAGGUCAACAAUGUGAAGCUCGCAAAACUCAUGGGUUACACAGAGGGCACUGCGAAGACAACAUGGAAUGCUCUGCAGCGUAAGCUAAAGGCUUUGGCUGAGACUGACGAAACUGAGGGCAAUGAUGAGGGCAAUAUGGGCAUCACUAAUAACGACAACGAUGGUGAUGAUGAUGGUGCCCCAGUCCCUGUGACCCCAAAGACAACACCUCGCAAGCGUAAGACCAAAGGUGAGGACGUCAAGGCGAGCCCAACCAAAAAGUCUCGUGCGAAGCCGAAGACCCCAGUCAAAGCCCAAAGCUCGGAUGACGACAAAGACGCAGAGGCUGUGGAGGCUGUGGAGGCUGUGGAGGCUGAUGGCGAGGAGAACAAUAUCAAUGACUGAUUCUGACACGCACAUGCUUUCUUUGGGCUAGUCGAUACUGUUUUUGGUGUACAUGGUGGUCUGAAAAGUUACGGUG